UCCCUUUUGUCCAAAGUUCUCAUCUGUCUCAUGUACAGUAUGUUCUUUGGUUGUCUUUUGUUCCACUCUGCUCAUCUCGACUCUGCCUGUUGGAAGAAAAUUUGCAGAUUCAUUGCUGCGUGUGAUUAGGACGCAUGGUUAUGAGGCUUAUUACGCACUUGCUUGAACUUUGAGUUUUUUGCAUUGUGGGAUACUUGCGUUUUUUUGGGCCAGGCGUAUCCAAGACAAUGUUGCAGGUGAUUUUUCGGGUUGCUCUUUUGCUCCUUCUGUUGGUGGUCUGGUGUGCUGCACUGGAGGAAGCCCAAACUAAAGGCUGCGUUUGUGGAUACCCUGGAAUACCGGGGGACCCCGGGCACAACGGCACACCCGGCAGAGAUGGGCGAGAUGGAUUAAGCGGUGAAAAGGGUGAUAGAGGUGAAGUCGGUUCAACUGGUCCAGCAGGCAGUAAUGGUGCCAAGGGCGACAAAGGGGAGCUUGGUGCCGUUGGCCCAGCAGGGCUCAAAGGAAAAAGGGGGGAUAAUGGAGAGCGGGGCCCUCCUGGGAAAAUGGGGCCUCAAGGAGUCUCCGGACCCUUAGGCUUGAAAGGAAAUAAAGGGGAGCUUGGGCUGCCUGGACCUCAGGGACCUAAAGGUGAUUUGGGGGCUCUUGGACCUGAGGGUCAAAAGGGGGAAAUUGGUCUUCAAGGUGACAGAGGCUUUCAGGGACCACUGGGACCCCCGGGCAGGCCAGGCCCAAAAGGGGAAAUUGGUAUCCCAGGUCACAAAGGCAGCAUCGGUUAUCGUGGGGAAAGGGGGAAUCGAGGAGAGAAGGGUGAUAGGGGAGACAAGGGAGAAGAAAUUGUUAUCUCUAAAAGCGCCUUCUCUGUGGGACUCACAGCACUGACUAAACUCCCAGCAGCCAAUGCACCGAUCCGGUUUGACAAGAUCAUUUACAACCGACAGAAUCACUACGAUCCACAAACAGGAAGAUUCACGUGCUCCGCAGCAGGCGCCUACUACUUCACCUACCACAUCACCGUCUUCUCCAGGAACGUGAAGGUGGUUCUCAUGAAGAAUGGACUAAAGAUCAUCCACACCACGGACAACUACCAGAACAGCGAGGACCAGGCAGCAGGGGGCGCUGUGCUGCACCUUGAGGUGGGGGAUAGAGUGUGGCUGCAGGUGGCUGGAGGAGAGUUAUUCAAUGGGCUCUUUGCUGAUGAAGACGAUGACACUACUUUCUCUGGAUUUUUAAUCUUUGCAGCUUGAUGCAGCUUGAUACUUUGUCAUUUCUAGUAUAUUAUUUCAAGUUAAUGCAUACAUAUUUGUAUUUACUGUAUGUUUAUACUUAUAUACAUAUAAAUACACAUGUGCAUUCAUGUGCAGAUGAAAAUUACACCCUUUUCUCUGGGCACUUAAUCUUUACAGCUUGAUAAUUUUACAAUGUUUAGUAAUUAUUUUCAGUAUACAUGCAUAUCUGUAUGUAUGUAUACACAUGUAUAUGUGUGUGUGUGUGUGUGUGUGUGUGCACUGGUUAUGAUGCUAACACAAAUGUUUCUGGAUUUUUAAUGUCGGCAACUUGAUAAUGUUAUUAUUUCUAGUGUGUAUACAAGUAAAUAAGUUUUAAAUCUGAUGACCAUGUGCUUUGUUCAAUCUAUCACUGGGGUAGCUUUUAAUGGUUUGUA